GUUUGACAAGUUGGGUUUGUUAGAACUAUAUAGACCUACCGAUGUGAACAUUCUUAGCAUAACCACAUUGAACAAGAACAAUCAUUAGUUGUAAACUUGUAAGAAGAGACAAAAAUCGGUGAACAAGAAUUUACGUCGAAAACAACGAUUUCCUAUUCAGUGAAUGCAGGUUGGACCCGUAGUAGAUAACAUUCAGGCGACUCGGUGUGAAACAAUAUUCAAGGUCAAUCGCGUGAUGCGCAGAAGUGUAAAAAUUAUCACGAGUAUAAUGUUUUUAGUAAUACGUGUGUGCUAUCUUCCGAUUCCUAUAGUUUUUUUCCCCUUCAAUAAUGACGAAGCAGUUUUGUCACCUAUUCUCAAGAACCGAUGUCCGAGUCAAAUUUUAAUGUGUGUUAAGAUGCUUUAUGAUUAAGAGAAGUCGCAGUUUUAAGUCAUGAGUAACGACGGGCUGAAACAAACCAAGAUGUUUCGACCAUUAAAGGCAUGCAGAUUGUAGUAUUUUUCGCCAUCCUAGAAGCUAGAAUCUAUUUUGAGCCACUAGUAUUUUGAACACGAAAAAAAAUAUUUGUGCGUCUGUUAUCUGUGCAGAAGACCAGCACGUCUUGCCAUUGCCACACCUAAAAUUGCGUUUCAGUCGGGCACUAACACGCACAACAGGCACAGCCUCUCCUCCAUCGUUCGAUGUCAGCAUCUCGUACACCAUGGUGUACACUGCCAAAAAAUGGAUCUACGCACGGGUCUUCAGUGGCGAACCGAAACUGGAUGACUUCCGUCUCGAGGAGGAAAUCAUGCCCGAAAUCGAGGAAGGAGAAUUUCUCGCGCGAGCGGAAUUCCUCAGCGUAGACCCCUACAUGCGCAUCUACAUUCUGCCCUACCCGGUCGGAUCGGUCAUGAUCGGUGGCCAGAUAGCGCAGGUACUGGAAAGCCGCAAUCCGGAUUUCCCCGUCGGGGCGUACGUUUUCGGCCAGUUCGGCUGGAGGACGUAUUCGAUCUGUAACCCGGUGGGGAUCGAAACCCGGAAACCGUACGUGUUGCCAGAUUUCCGUUCACUGCCGCGAUCGCUUGGCAUCGGAGUUCUGGGGACGGUUGGCAAUUCGGCCUACUUUGGAGUGCAGGAAAUUUGCCGCCCGAAGCCGGGUGAAACAAUGGUGGUCAGUGGAGCGGCCGGUGCCGUGGGAAGCAUUGUUGGACAGAUCGGUAAGAUCAAGGGAUGUUCGGUGAUCGGAUUAGCCGGUACGGAUGAGAAGUGUGCUUGGCUGAAGGAGAUUGGAUUUGAUGGUGCGAUUAACUACCGGACAGCGGAUGUGCGGAAGGAAUUGAAAUUGGCUGCUCCGGGCGGGGUGGAUUGUUACUUCGACAAUGUUGGUGGGGAAAUUUCGGCGAUCGUUCGACGACAGAUGAAGAUGUAUGGACGGAUUGCCGUUUGCGGGACCAUUUCAAUGUACAACGACAAACCGGUCCGGGUUGAAGACCCCCAGAGGGAUUUCGUGGGCAGGCAACUGCUACAGGAAGGAUUCAGCGUGCAUCGCUGGACGGACAGGUGGUUUGAAGGGAUCGAGCAAAAUCUAAAAUGGAUUCAGCAGGGCCGGUUGAAAUUCAGGGAGACCGUAACGGAAGGCUUUGAAAAGAUGCCGCUGGCAUUUAUCGAGAUGAUGCGCGGUGGUAAUAUUGGAAAGGCUAUUGUUAAAGUUUAAUAAAAACGCUUGUAAAUA